AUGUAUGGGAGCCGUGGGGACUUGUGUGGACGCUUGGAGGUCACGGGAGCCCACGGGGGCUUGCGGAGACCCGUGAAGGCUGUUGUGGUGGGACCCACGGGAGCUGUGUGGACACGGGCGACGAGGGCGAACCACGGCGACCUGUUCGGCGACACCGGCCCAGGCUGGGCGGGAACGCAGCGGCCGGCGCCGCCCCGCGGUCACCGGGAGCCGGGUCCCGGCUUCCCCCUUCCGCCUGCCCCCAGCAACGGGGCGGGGAUGGAUGGCGGCGGGGCUGGCAGCGACCCCCGCUCGGGUAAGGCCUCAGGGCCGGAUGGUUCGGGGUGGGACGAGGCGGACCUGCGAGGUGCCUUCCUCCGGCGGUGGGAUUUCCCUCAGAGACCCGAGUCUAACCUCUCCGCCUGCCCCUCAGCUCCCGCCGGGCGCUUCCCGGUGGCGGCGGUGGAUGAGAUCCUGAAGGAUGUGCUGGGGAGCUACCUGAAGGAGCAGCCCUACGAACCGUCCCGGUGCAGAGAGCUGGUGAAGGCCAUCGCGGAGGUUAUUAAAGCUCGGGUAAAAGACCUUAUGAUCCCCAGGUACAAGAUUGUUGUGGUGACAACAAUUGGGCAGCUGAAUGAGCAGAGCAUGCAGAUUGGAAGCAGGUGCCUGUGGGAUCCUGCAAAUGACACCUUCUCGUCGUACGUGUUCAAGAACCCUUCACUCUUUGCUCUUGCAAAAGUCUAUGCUGUCUAUUUUGAAUAA